CCCAGCGGCUACUUGAUGAGCGCGGCGGCGGGGCGCGGGGCGGUGACCCGCAGCAUGAGGCGCAGGCCCGGGCGGGCGGAGGACGCGGGGACCCAGCCCGCUGCAGUGGUCCCCGCCGGAGGAGCCCAGGUCCGGCCCCUGAAAGGGCAGCGGCGGCGGCGAACAGCGGGGAACCUCAAGAUCUGCUACGAGCCCUCGGCCGCAAGCGGCGUUGAGGCGGCGGGGCCCGGCCCCCCCGGGGACCCCCCGUGGGAACCCCCAGCCUGGAGACGGCACCUGGACAACAUCCGGGACAUGAGGGAGAGCAGAGACGCCCCCGUGGACCAGCUGGGGGCCGGGCAGUGUUUCGACCGGGAUGCCCCUCCGGAGGUGCAGCGAUACCAAGUGCUGCUGUCGCUGAUGCUGUCCAGCCAGACCAAGGACCACAUAACCGCGGGAGCCAUGCAGCGACUCCAGGCCCACGGCCUGAGCGUGGACAGCGUCCUGCGGAUGGACGACACCACGCUGGGCCGGCUCAUCUACCCCGUGGGCUUCUGGAAGAGCAAAGUCCGGUUCAUCAAGCAGACGACGGCCAUCCUGAAGGACCGGUACCGGGGGGACAUCCCGGCCAGUGUGGCCGGCCUGCUGCAGCUGCCCGGGGUCGGACCCAAGAUGGCCCACCUGGCCAUGGCCAUCGCCUGGGGCGCCGUGUCUGGCAUCGCGGUGGACACUCACGUGCACAGGAUAGCCAACAGACUCCAGUGGACCAAGACGGUGACCAAGAGCCCCGAGCAGACGCGAGCUGCCCUGGAGGACUGGCUGCCGAGGGAGCUGUGGAGCGAAAUUAACUGGCUGUUUGUGGGCUUCGGUCAGCAAGUGUGCCUGCCCCGCCACCCUCGCUGUGCCAACUGCCUCAACCGCCCCCUCUGCCCCGCCGCCCAGGAUUCGUGAAGGGAGGGGCCGGGCCGCAGCCCGCGGAAGCGGCAGGGGGUUCUGGCUGCCGCCCCUGGCUCCAGCCCGGGCCUGGCCUAUUUCCGGGCCAGGGGCUGGGCUCACCUCCUUCCUCCUCGAGUGGCCGGAGCGGCGGGUGGGACUCGGGCCGGCCCCGGACCCGUAGACAUCACAGCAGCCCCGCCGGGGCCGGGGGAGGCUGCCUCCUACCCACGGCCUGGGCCUGUUCCCAAAUGGUUAAUAAAGUCUGGAACUUUGAGCCACGGUCAAGGGUGUCAAGGGGAACUUCAAGCCACCUGGCACUUUUUGGGCAGGGGUAAGGCCGGGGCGAUCCACCUUGCCAGCGUGAGCGGCCAAAGGUGGCGGAGGAUUGGGCUACCGUUUGCAGCACCCCAGUUCAGGCCCAGCACCAUGACCCGGGCCCUCAGAUAGCCGG